AAAUUUUACUACUAAGUUAUCCACAUUCUGACUGAACUCUAGUUGAAGUGGGAUUUUUAAACUGAUUGAUCACUGAAAAGUAAUGAACAUCCAUGUUUAUCUAGUUCUUAGUAUCCAAUUUCGAGAAGUCAUUGCAGAGUAAUUUGUAAAUAUUACUUUUAAAAUUUUCAUAUUUUAAACAGCCAACAACAGGAAUUGUUACUCACAUUUUCAAUUCUAAUCAAAACAGCUGAGUUCUGAGAAAUCAUCUUCUUACUUACCCCUCGAGAAGCAUAGAUCGUGUGUGCUUUCUAGUUUUCUUUUAUACUUUUAUCGACAUUAAUUUAUAUUGCUCUAUGAUAAUCCUUCUUCAUUUAUUCUCACGAUAUAUCUACGUCAAUAUGAUUAAAACGUAUAUAUUGUUUAUGAAGUCUACCUUAACACUUUAUAAGCUUCCAACGUAAAACUCAGCUCAGUAUACUAAGCAGUUUCAUUAUACACACACAUAGUUUCAGCUGUAGGCAAGCAAAAACAACAGUAAUUAACAACCUUUGUAGAAUGGUAGAAUUAAAAGUCAGUCUGUAAUUGGGUUGGUUUCGGAAAAUAUUAUGCUUGCUUAGUACCAGUGACCUCGAAGUGGGAUAUUAAUCAGAACUAAAGUCGAUUCCAAUUAGGUUGUAUGUGACAACAGAGUAACAUUCAGUUUACUAUAAUUUUUUGAGAAACAGCAUUCUGUGAGGCUAAGAUUCUUAACAUCCCGGAAAUCAGUGCUAGAUAACAGCGGAUGAAGUUAUACUAAAAAUUCAAUACUAUCAAUCUAAACUGCUCAUAUUUAAAGUUGCAAUAUUCCUUCAAAUUUAUUGAUCACCUGAUAAAUUUUUGUUCAAAGAAAAUCUUUUAUCACCAUCAAUUACCUGUAAACAAACGAUUUUAUCGACCAAUACACCGAUAAUGUGUUUUACACUUAGCACCAAUAUCAAUCAGAUUUAAAAACGUCUGAAAUCAAAUUAUCAUACUGGUAACAAUGUUUUAUGAGAAUGGUGUUGGAAUUGUAGUACAUCUCAUAUAUAUAUAUAUAUAUAAUGUUCUACAAGUCAACGGUUAAAGGCUUGUUCCUGGCUAUAUAUAAAUAGUAUAAGGCAUCGUAGUCCUUCCGAACAAGCAGGAUUACGUGAAGGUGAUCAUGUAUUGGCAAUUAAUGGUGUAGAUGCAUUGGAUAUGUCACAUGCGCAAGCUGUACAAAUCAUUGAUUUUGCAUCCUAUACAUUAGAAAUAAUAGUAGGAAGAUAUGAACGACAUAAAAAUUCAGAAACAGUCUAUAUGGAUAACAAAGCUUUAUUAUCUAAACAAAAACCGCAAGAGAUCACCACAACUGAAUUACAGUUAUUCUGGGAGAAAGAUAUGCCACUGAAACCAGCUCGUCGAAAUUGGCCACCUCCACCAAAACCUGUACAAGAGUACAACAUUCCACCUCAGCCAACAUCAGUACAAUCUAAACGUCCGCCAUUAGUACAAUCUCAUUCAGUUUCAAUACAUGUACCUGCACAAAAACCAGCGGCUAUUCCAACACCACCUCAAGUACAAACAGUACAUAUACCACCUCCAGUACGACAACCAUCAAUUGAUCCACCUAUUAUACCUCAUGAUCCAGAUGUUACAAGUGUUUCUGUGAAACAAUUAAUGCGAGAAUUUGAUGUGCCACCGAUUGCACCAGAGCUUAAAAAAAAGAAUUAUGCUGAUUCAUCAUUCUAUUCUGAUCCAACAAAAUAUUAUCCAACAAUUGAAGAACAAAUUGAAAUGGCAAGGAGAGUUGCGAAUAGUUUACAUGAUCCAUAUAACUUUGAGUCAAAAGGUGCAUGUAUGUUUGAAAAACAAAGGCAACGAGCAGAAAAACACGUGAAAGAAGGUCCAGAACCUCAACCAGAUCCUAUUGAGUUGGCAAGUCCUGAAGAGUUGGAAUAUAUGUCACCUCCUGAAGCACCUCCACCCCCGCCUCCACCACCACCAAGUUUUCCUGGACUUCAACCAACUAAAAAGCCGGUGGUUCCUCCACCCCCACCUAUGACAUUUGCACCAGGUCAGCCUAAAACAGUACAAGAAUUUUUAGAGAAAAUUAAAAUAUUCCCUAAAAAUUUGCACACAGAUUUAGAUCCACAAAAAUGUUUCGAUAUUGCUACAGCUUUAUAUACAUCCGAUAGUCGUGGUGCUAAAAUGUUUGCUAAACGUCAUGCUAGAGCAGUAAAAUGGGAUGCCCAAAAUCCAGAAGAUGGUGAUGAGUCAGGGAAUAGAAUGAAUGUAACAGUAGCAUCUGGUCCUGGACCAACUAUACGUAGUCAUGACCAAUUAAAAGUGCUUUCGAAACUUCCACAAUCAAAAACACAACAACAACUUCAAAUGAAGCAGAGACAACAGCAAGCUCCUGUAAAGCAAAAUAAUAAUAAUAAUAAUAAUAAUAAUAGUAAUAAUGGAGAGUUGGACGCAUAUAGAAAGUCAUCAAUUUCAUUAGCUACGAAUAGUUCGGUAACUACACCAACACCUUUGGACAAUUUGAUUGGUCCCACACCAAAGCCAUUUAUACCAAUGAGUUCAAACAACAAUACACCCUUUGGACAAAUGAAUAACAAUUCUAAUAUUACUAAUGUUAAUAAUAGUAAUAAUAAUAGUAAUACGAUCGAAGCAAACCGUCUAAAUAAUCCAAGUGAAUCUGGUUGGAGACCAGUGAAAUUUCGAAUUGGACAAACUGCAAAUUAA